AUGACCUCGUUCCCCAAGGAAGCCUCUGCAGGUGCGGAGACCAACCAGGAGGACGCUGCGGGUGAGACCUGGGGCACUCCAGAGCAUCCGGAGGCGGCGCCUCAGAGCCCGGAGGACGGACGGGCAAGGACACGGGCUCCCGCAGAGCCCGGGGCCUGUCCUGCCCAGGAUGAACACCUGGACGUGGUCCCGGUAUCCAGUGAGCUGGGUGGCCGCGUGGAGAUGGAAUUUAGACCAGAACUCACUUCUUUGAUUUGGGGAACGGAACGUGCAGAAGAGAAGGGGGAGACUUUUCCAGACACCUCUGCUCGGCCCAGAUUUGGACCUGCCUGGGAAGAGCAUCUGCCAGAAACCAACCAGCCACGGGGCUCCGUCAGGCAGGGGGAAGAGCUGCGGUCUCUGGGGGCGCAAGAAGACGCCUGUUACCCCAUGACCAGUACUCCUGGGACUCAGAAGGAGCCUCGGGCUGAGGAACUAUCCCCUACAGCUCUGGGUCCUACACUGGAGCCAGGAGGAUGGUCCUGCCAGCCCGUUUCUUUACCUGGCUCUUUUCCUGCUGGGGAGUCACCUGACCAAGAAGCAGCUCAGGAUAGCCAGCAGGAGGGAUCUGAGCCUGGGAAGGGGACGGUGUUCGGCUUGGGGACUGAGAUGGCCUCUGCCAGUACAGCCGGGACUCCUCCAAGGACACCAGACUCAGCUCCUUCCAGUCCUGCUGAAGUUUCCCCCAGCACAACUACAUCAUCAUCUGCCAGCUCCCCACUUGCCUCUCCCAGGAGGGAGCCGUCUCUUGCUGCACAUUCUCUAGAAACCUCCAGAGCGUCUGUUUGGACCAACAGGGCAUCUCACUGUGGGGCUUUGGAGACUCCCGCUGCUGCCCUCCAUGGCUUCCCCUCUGCAGAGGCCGCUGUGGAAAUCUCCACCAGCUCCAGUUGGACCAGCCCUCAGAGCCCCCCCAGCCACCCUACAGGGGCUGUCCAGCACCUGAGGAGCAACUCCUUCCCGGGCUCUCAUAGGACAGAGCCGACUCCGGACCUGCUGGGAAUAUCACUUUCCUUCUCCCAUUCAGAGUUGCCCCAGAGGCCCCCCAAACCUGCCGUCUCUGGCUCUGUGACUCCAAGAAGGGACAGGAAAGGUGGUAGGGACCACAGGAUCAUUCCAGAAUCCCCUAGUUCAUUAUCCACUCUGGGGCAAGACUCUCAAGAAUUCACUUCAAAUCCAGAAAUGUCCAGCAGUCCCCACAGCAGCCAGCCGUGGGGCUCCCCACACACUUCAGCCUUUUCCCCAGGGCCUCCUGCCUAUGGCUCUUCCCCACCCCUUGUCUCUGUAGAUACGAGGAUCCAUGAACCUCUGCCCCCUCCUACCCCAGAGAAGAGGCAUGUCCAACCCUCCAUGGUGGAAAGAGACAGCCAUCUCCAUGCAGGGGUUUCCACACUGAAGCGGUGUGCCCAUCCUCUUCCAUUGGCCCCAGGUUUGGGGCUACAUGGCCCCCCCAAAGGCCCACUUCCCCCAGUUCCUGACCCCCUUGUGGCAAGGCAGCACCGACCUCUGCCCUCUAUCCCAGACACGCCCCACCCUCCUCAGACCUCGUUCUCCCGCAAACUGAGAUACAACAAGCCAUUACCCCCAACCCCUGAUUUGUCCCAGUCCCACCAUCCUGUUUCUUUUAGUAGUGCAAGGAUCUACAGGCCUCUACCCCCUGUCCCUAUUAUGGAUCCCCCCACUGAACCACCCCCAUUACCCCCAAAGUCCAGGGGGAGGAGCAGGAGCACUCAGGGAGGACUCAUGAAUUCAGGGGGUCAGGGCAAGCCAAGGCCUGUUUGUCAAGAGUGGACAGUCUCCACUCCCCAUUCUGUUGGACGUACCUCCUGGCCCCCAGCUAUGGGUCGGUCGACAGACUCUUUGGCUUCUACCAGCAGGAAUAAGAGUGAAGUGUCCCCUGGCAUGGCUUUCAGCAACAUGGCAACCCUUCUGAGUCCCUCUUCCCCAACCACGCCCUGGAAUCUGGAGCUCCAGGGACCUGCCUCUGAACCAGGACCCUCAGAAGAGUCUGAGGCCCCUGCCAGAGGGUCUUCGAGAAGAACAGCCCCUCAGGAAGGAGCCAAUGGCCUGAGGAGGUUGGAUCGAGGCCAAGCAAGGCAGUCAGACAAACUCAGCCAUCCCCACCUGGAGAAGGCAUCCAGCUGGCCCCACAGGCGAGACCCAGGGAGACCCCCGGAGGGCGGCAGCGGGCAGGUUGCAGACCCUGGCGAGGGGUCCAGUAAGCACAAGGGCUGGAAUCGGCAAGGCCUGCGCAGGCCUUCUAUCUUGCCUGAGGGCUCUUCAGAGACGAAAGGUCCAGCCGUAGAAAAAUCCCCUGGCUCUUCAGACACCAUCGUUUUUCGGGAGAAGAAACCAAAGGAGGUGUUGGCAGGCUUUUCAAGACGCUGCUCGAAGCUCGUCAACUCCUCCCAUCUGCUUUACCAGGAGUACAGCGAUGUGGUUCUGAACAAGGAGAUUCAGAGCCAGCAGCGGCUGGACAGCCUGGGAGAGGCGCCCGGGCCCGCCUCCCCGCGGCAGCCCCGGAGGGCCCUGGUCUCCUCGGAGUCUUACCUGCAGCGCCUGUCCGUGGCCUCCAGCGGCUCCCUCUGGCAGGAGAUCCCGGUGGUGCGCAAUAGCACCGUGCUGCUCUCCAUGACCCACGAAGACCAAAAACUGCAGGAGGCCAAAUUCGAGCUGAUCGUGUCAGAAGCCUCAUACCUGCGCAGUCUGCAUGUGGCAGUGGACCAUUUCCAGCUUUCCACCCCACUGCGGGCCACCCUUACCAACCAAGAAUACCAGUGGCUCUUCUCUCGUUUACAGGACGUGCGUGAAGUCAGCACCACGUUCCUUUCAGACCUGGAGGAGAACUUCGAGAACAACAUCUUCACCUUCCAAGUGUGCGAUGUGGUCCUGAACCAUGCCCCCAACUUCCGCCGGGUCUACCUGCCUUACGUCACCAACCAGACCUACCAGGAACGCACCUUCCAAGUCCUGCUGAACAGCAACAGCAGCUUCCGGGAGGUUCUGGAGAAGCUGGAGAGCGAUCCUGUCUGCCAGCGCCUUUCCCUCAAGUCCUUCCUGAUCCUGCCUUUCCAGCGCAUCACCCGUCUCAAACUGCUGCUUCAGAACAUUCUGAAGAGAACACAGCCUGGCUCUUCAGAGGAAGCAGAAGCCACCAAGGCACAUCAUGCCUUGGAGGAGCUGAUCCGAGACUGCAACAACAAUGUCCAGAGGAUGCGCCGGACAGAGGAGCUCAUCUACCUGAGCCAGAAGAUUGAGUUUGAGUGCAAAAUAUUCCCGCUCAUAUCGCAGUCACGCUGGCUGGUGAAGAGUGGAGAGCUGACGGCCCUCGAGUUCAGUCUCUCCCCAGGGCCGCGAAGGAAACUGAACACGCGUCCAGUUCACUUGCAUCUCUUCAACGACUGUCUGUUGCUGUCUCGGCCCCGAGAGGGUAGCCGGUUCCUGGUAUUCGACCAUGCUCCCUUCUCCUCCAUCCGAGGGGAAAAGUGUGAAAUGAAGCUACACGGACCUCACAAAAACCUCUUCCGGCUCUUCCUGCUGCACAACGCACAGGGCACGCAGACUGAGUUCCUCUUCAGCACAGAGACCCAAAGUGAAAAGCUUCGAUGGAUCUCAGCCUUGGCCAUGCCCAGAGAGGAGUUGGACCUUCUAGAGUGUUACGACUCCCCGCAAGUACAGUGCCUUCGAGCCUACAAACCCCGAGAGAAUGACGAGUUGGCGCUAGAGAAGGCAGACGUGGUCAUGGUGACUCAGCAGAGCAGCGAUGGCUGGCUGGAGGGCAUGAGACUCUCAGAUGGGGAGCGAGGCUGGUUCCCUGUGCAACAAGUGGAGUUCAUUUCCAACCCAGAAGUCCGAGCCCGGAACCUGAAGGAAGCUCAUCGAGUCAAGACUGCCAAACUACAGCUGGUGGAACAGCAGACCUAG